GUCUAGAGAUAGAAGCCGCACUAGGCGAGAAGUAAAGAUGACAUCCAGGAAUAGGAAUAAUAGAGAAUCAUCUGAUCGAUUUCAAUCAGAUAAACAAGAUCUGAAAGACAAUCCAGAACCAGGUCAUAUAUAUUCUGGUCGUGUUAUGAACCUAGUACCAUUUGGUUGUUUUGUCCAAAUACUUGGUAUUAGAAAACGUGUAGAAGGAUUAGUUCAUAUCUCUCAAUUAAGAGCUGAAGGAAGAGUUACUGAUGUUUCAGAAGUUGUGUCAAGAGGGGCUGCAGUAAAAGUUAAAGUUUUGUCAAUAACUGGACAAAAAAUUUCAUUAUCAAUGAGGGAUGUUUGCCAAGUUACAGGUAAAGACUUAAAUCCUGAAUCACAUGCACAUUUGCAUACAAAUAUUUCCGAUGAUUUAAACAAUCGUAAUCCUGAUAGGCCUCAACAGAGUGCAACUAGUAUGCUUCAGCUGCACGGAAAUAUAGAUGAUGAUGAAGAAUCAAGGAAACGAGUUACAAGAAUAUCAUCUCCAGAACGGUGGGAAAUAAAGCAAAUGAUUUCAUCUGGUGUAAUAGACAGAUCAGAAUUACCUGAUUUUGAUGAGACUGGGCUUUUACCUAAAGAUGAUGAUGAUGCCGAAGCUGAUAUAGAAAUUGAAAUAGUAGAAGAUGAACCACCAUUUCUUCAAGGUCAUGGUAGAGCAUUGCAUGAUUUAAGUCCUGUGAGAAUUGUGAAAAAUCCUGAUGGAAGUUUAGCACAGGCAGCCAUGAUGCAGUCUGCCCUAGCCAAAGAGCGUAGAGAGCAAAAAAUGUUGCAAAGGGAACAAGAGCUUGAUGCAGUUCCUACAAAUUUAAAUAAAAACUGGGUAGAUCCAUUGCCAGAAGAUGACAAUAGAUCUUUAGCGGCUAAUAUGAGAGGUGUAGGUUUGGCUCCCCAAGAUUUGCCUGAAUGGAAAAAUGUAAUUGGUGGUAAUAAAAGCUCAUUUGGUAAGAAGACAGAUUUAACAUUAUUGCAACAAAGACAAGGAUUACCUAUAUACAAAUUACGAGAAGAACUAAUUAAAGCUAUUACCGAUAACCAAAUUCUCAUUGUUAUUGGUGAGACAGGAUCCGGAAAAACUACACAGAUUACUCAAUAUCUAGGUGAGUCUGGUUUUACAGCACGAGGUCGAGUUGGUUGCACACAACCAAGGAGAGUAGCUGCAAUGUCGGUUGCAAAACGUGUUGCAGAAGAAUAUGGUUGUCGACUGGGCCAAGAAGUCGGAUAUACUAUUCGAUUUGAAGAUUGCACUGGCCCUGACACUUUAAUUAAAUACAUGACAGAUGGUAUGUUGCUAAGAGAGUGUCUAAUGGAUUUGGAUUUGAAAUCAUAUUCUGUAAUUAUGUUAGAUGAAGCUCAUGAACGUACUAUACAUACUGAUGUUUUAUUUGGUCUUCUUAAGCAAGCUGUUCAAAGACGUCCUGAACUUAAAUUAAUUGUUACUUCAGCUACAUUGGAUGCUGUUAAGUUUUCCCAAUAUUUUUUUGAGGCGCCAAUAUUCACAAUACCCGGUCGAACAUUUCCAGUGGAAGUACUAUAUACUAAAGAACCAGAAACAGAUUAUUUGGAUGCUAGUUUGAUCACAGUCAUGCAAAUACAUUUGCGUGAGCCUCCUGGUGAUAUACUUUUGUUCUUAACAGGUCAGGAAGAAAUUGAUACGGCAUGUGAAGUUUUGUAUGAACGUAUGAAAAGUUUAGGACCAGAUGUACCAGAGUUAUUGAUACUACCUGUCUAUUCUGCAUUACCCAGUGAAAUGCAAACUAGAAUAUUUGAUCCUGCGCCACCAGGCAGUAGAAAAGUAGUUAUUGCAACAAAUAUAGCUGAAACUUCAUUGACAAUAGAUGGGAUAUAUUAUGUAGUUGACCCUGGAUUUGUAAAACAGAAAGUAUACACUUCUAAAACAGGUAUGGAUUCUCUUGUAGUAACCCCUAUAUCUCAAGCAGCAGCUAAACAGAGAGCUGGAAGGGCUGGUAGAACAGGCCCUGGAAAAUGCUACAGGCUUUAUACUGAACGUGCUUAUCGUGAUGAAAUGUUGCCUACUCCUGUUCCUGAAAUACAGAGAACAAAUUUAGCUACUACAGUUUUACAAUUAAAAACUAUGGGAAUCAAUGACCUUCUACACUUUGAUUUUAUGGAUGCUCCACCAGUUGAAUCAUUAGUAAUGGCGUUAGAGCAAUUACAUUCAUUAUCAGCUCUUGAUAAUGAAGGGUUAUUGACUAGAUUAGGGAGAAGGAUGGCCGAAUUUCCCUUAGAGCCCAAUUUAUCUAAAAUGUUGAUAAUGUCAGUAGCAUUGCAAUGCUCUGAUGAAAUUCUUACAAUUGUUUCAAUGCUAUCUGUACAGAACGUUUUCUACAGACCCAAAGAUAAACAGGCCCUUGCAGAUCAAAAGAAAGCUAAAUUUAACCAAGCUGAAGGCGAUCAUUUGACAUUAUUAGCUGUUUACAAUAGUUGGAAAAAUAAUAAAUUCAGUAAUGCUUGGUGUUAUGAGAAUUUUGUCCAAAUACGAACUCUAAAACGAGCACAAGAUGUGCGCAAGCAAUUAUUAGGAAUAAUGGACAGACAUAAACUUGAUGUGGUUUCAUCUGGGAGAAACACUGUUCGGGUACAAAAAACUGUUGCAUCAGGCUUUUUCAGAAAUGCUGCAAAAAAGGACCCACAAGAAGGUUAUCGAACUCUAGUAGAUUCACAAGUAGUUUAUAUACAUCCUAGUAGUGCUUUGUUCAACAGACAACCAGAAUGGGUUGUGUAUCAUGAGCUUGUACAAACUACUAAAGAAUAUAUGAGGGAAGUCACAACAAUUGAUCCCAAAUGGCUUGUAGAAUUUGCACCAGCAUUCUUUAGAUUUAGUGACCCUACAAAAUUAUCUAAAUUUAAGAAAAAUCAAAGACUGGAACCAUUAUACAAUAAAUAUGAAGAGCCUAAUUCAUGGCGAAUAUCAAGAGUUCGACGAAGAAGGAAUUGA